CAUCUUCUAUUUCUUCAAGUGCUUUCUCACUAUAAUCAAUCACCGUUUCAUCACGCUCAUUACAAACUCUAACUAUAACAAUGUCUGCCACUGAACAAGUCAACCAGGCCCCCGCCGAAACUGCUAAUGCCCUUGUCGCCGAGGCUACCCCGCCUUCCCAAGAGGCCAAGGAAAUUUUCAAGGCCCAGGAACCUGUCUCUGAAGUAGCUGCACCCAACAUCACUGAACCCCUCGUCAAAGAACAACCUACUGUCGCAAAUACUGAGGCCGGCACCGCCCAGCCCGGACCUGAGCUUGGAAACAAAGUAGACAAUACUGAGGCUGACAAGCUUGUGGAGGGUACGACGACGGGGGAAGGGGCCAAGACUACCGAAGAGGUCCCCAAGCCCUCUGAGAUCAAAGAGGGAAAGAAAGAGGUAAAGAAAUCGGCAGUCAAGGAAAGGACUGAAAAAACCAAGGCCGAGGGCAAAGGUUUCUUUGCCAAAUUCUUCGGUAACAGAGACAAAUCUCCUAAGAAGGAGAAGAAAAAAACUCCUAAGGCCGAGAAGGCUGAUCCAGUGACCGCUGCGGCACCCGUCGAGACCGAAGGUGAUGAUGCCGCCCCCCCGUCUGUCCCUACAACCUCGGAACCUGUCAUCGGAACUUCUGCUCCCAUCGAAGCUGUUGAGCCUACUGUCAAAUCUCCCGACACUGGGGCACUCAAAGGAAUCGACACCGCCACCUCUGCUGACGCCCCAGCCGAAGUUGCUCCAGCUCCCGAGGAAAACAAGAUCGAGGAUAAAAAAGACGAGGCCAAAGAUCAAGCGGCUAAGUCUAAUCUCAAGGCUCACCGACGACUCUCAGCUCGAAUUGGCGACAUCUUCAAGCCCAAGAAAAAGGAAGGUAUCCCGACUUCCACGGAAGAAACUUCCAAAGAAGAGGCUACCAAACCGCUCAACGAGGCACCCGUUGUUGCCUCUGAGGCCCCAAAACUCGAGCAGCCAGUUGCAACCGCGCCAUUGGAGCUUGAAGAGGAGCCUAAGGCUACGCAACCACCUGCUGCCGCACCUGUCGCUGCCUCUGCAUGAACGUAAAGCUAUUCCAGUUUUUUGGCUCACUUAUUUGUAUAUAUCUUGUGCUUCCCACGUUUAAAGCCUCGCUUUCAAUGUGUGUUUCUUUUAGCCUUCUUUACUUCAGAAGACUACAGUGUCCUUGAUUGCGCGUUCGGUUUUCUUCUUUUCCCGUCCAGUGAUGCCAGAAAAUACCCUAUAA